CCUUGAGGGGUCUUCUCUGUAUUGGGGUAUGCCCUGCAUGGUGGAGACCCCUCUUCGUUGGGAUAUGCCCUGCUCUGGGAUGGUCCCUUUUGCACUGGGGAAUACCCUGCUCCGGGGGGGAGCACCUGCACUGGGGCAUCCCCUCCGCACUGGGAGGUGCUCUGUGCACUGGGGGGGGGUCCUGUUUGCAUCAGGGGGCCCUUUGCAUGCGGUACACCCUGCCCUGAAGGACUCUUGCGCUGUGAAGUGGCACUUAAAAUCUAACUGCAGGCAUGGAUGGUGUUUUCUUCUCAAAGGAGUUCAUCUAUUUUAUUUGCAAUAUUUUGAGCCAAGCACUUUCUUCAGGACUGGGAGGAGGGACGCAGAGACAUCAGUGAUUUCCCCCUCCCUUGUGUAUAUCGCAGCAUAAUGCAAGUGAACAAGCAGGCAGAGCGGGGAGGGGAACAAAAGUAGUAACAAGUAGCUUAAGCUUUAAAUGCAUAUUUGUUUGCAAAUGAAGAAUAUCAUAGCAAAAAUGGUGAAAUAGUUUUUAGGUUUGUUUUUUCCCCUAAAAUUUAGAUGAUCAGUAUAUUAAAAAGGCUGGCAGACAGUAGUCUGGACAGCUGUGUCACCCAGAAGAUGGAUGCUGCAGAUACUGUGUUUGGUCUGCUUUAGGAACUAUUUCUGUGCCACAGGAAAAUACUUGCCAAAAUGCCUCCCUAACAGGAGAAAGAUGAUUUUAUUGCUUUUUUUCAUGUCAGUAGAAAAAAAAAGAGAUAGGGUUGGGGUCAGUGGCUUGAUGUUAAAGGCGCUCUAUAAAUAAAAAAUAUAUCGAAACUAACAAAUGUGAAAGAUUUUGCCCACGAGUUGGUGCUUUUCACUGUGUCAGCCUGGAAGAUAACAGUUGUGGCAGACUUGAUAUCCUAAAUGUAGAAUGACUUCUACAAGGGCUGCUGAUAUUUUUCUGGUUCUAAAUAGAUACUUUUUAAGGAAGUCGAUGAUGGAGUAGUUGCACUGACAGUUUGUUCAAGAAAUUUGCAGUUAAUAUGCCACACGAGAUGUGCACAACAUGGCAUGUGUCACUUUGUAGGGUUAUUCCAGAGACGUUUCUCCUCAGCCUGUGAUCAAACGUGGGCCUCUUAUCUUCUGUUGCAUGGCCAGAUGUAUUUCAGCUACAAGACUGGGUUUCAUGUGCUUCUGUCCCAUAAAUAGAUCUGUAUACCGGUUUCUGAGGGACCUGUGGGCAGGAUGGCAGCAGGUAGCGAAUGGAAGGCUGGAUGUGUUGCUGUGGCAGAUUCUGCUCAGUCUGUGGCCAUAAUUGGUCAUGCUUGUUCUACGCAGAUGGUGAAUGGAAAGCACAGCUUAAUAGCUCUUGUUGAAUCAAAAAUAGACUGUGUAUUGUUAAAAUUAUGGGUCAGAAUUCCUCUGUUUUUCUCGUUUUGAAUUUCUGGCUGGUUAUCUAACACCACAGCAGUCCCUAGUUCCCCAUGUACCUAGUUACUACUGGAGAAGGAGCUUGCACAUUGAAGAUACAAAUGUUGCCCUGGCACAUUAGGGCUUUUAACUGCUGAAUGAAUUACAUCAGAGCCUAAUUUAAAAUGGAGGUGUCAUCUGGUAAAUGAAAUAGAGCAGCUUCUCUGUGCUUCCUUUUAGACAUUCAUCCCUGUGCUGGGGCUAAUAUUGGGACAGAGCUAAUAUAUGGUAACCAUACAUUUUUCAGAACUUCAGACUUAUAUACUAGCACCUUUUAUAAUUCUGCUCCCAGGAAAAUAGAUGCUUUCUAGAACUUCCCAAUAUCGAUUUUGACAUUGUCCCUAUUAUAAAAUAAUAUUGACUAACAGUGAGCUAGGAUUUUUUUUUUCCUAAGCUGGAUAAUAAAUACAGUGCUUGAUUUUGCUCAUGGGAGAAAAAAGUGCAGUCAGAAAUGGUCCUUGCUGCCAAAUAUUACCUUAUGUUAUUAAUCAUGUCUGAAUAUAAUUAAUUGGAUUGUGGAUAGGGAGUAAAGAGCAGGUGAGUGCUUCUUAGUAAAGAGACACCAAAGAAUAUGAAGGGGGAAAUGAGAUGGUCGAGGCUGCACGUAUCCUGGAUGAAGGUAGCUUUUUUACUGGUCUUUUCAGCAAUAGAAGCUGCAGCACAGAUACAGCAUCUGUUAUUUGUCUUGGACCCAAAUGAUAAAAAAGCCUGCACACUGUUCACGGUAUUGUGUCCUUCACUAGCAGUGCCUCAGUGCAGCAAGUUGUUUAGUAUCUCUUUGGAAUAGAAAGAAACCUCUGAAAGGGAACUAAGCAAGAAAAGAGGUUGAGUGUAUGGAUGACACCACUGUUUGCGUUAGGAAAGGCUCUGAGGAGCAGAAGGAUAUAAACAAACUAUGACUGAGCUGAACAAUGAAAAGCUAAAUAUAGCCUAAGUAAGUUUUAAAGUGUAGUUUGCUUGGAGGCAUGACUUUGUUUUUCAUUUUUUUAGCUUGAUAAGCCAUCUCCAUGUAUGGGAUCAUGCAAUUGUAGAAAAUGGGAUUGGAGAGGAAGCCCAGAGUUCAUGAUCCCAUCCCUCUCUUGCAUGGAAAGAUCAACUACAUCUUAGCUGUUCUGAGCAUUUAUUUGUUUUAGUGAUAUAAACAUCAGUCCCAGAAAAGGAUAGGCUAAAUCUUGUUUUGGUGUGCACGUUACCCUCGGAAUUAGUAGCCAAGUUUCAGAACUGCUUGCUGCUCCCUGUUGUAGUGGUCUAAACUGCUGGAUUUGGUUGCUAGUAACAAAGAAUCUGUUGGCGAUGUAUAAGCCAGAAAGAACACAGCUAGAUGUGUUCUUAGACUCUAGGCCCAUUUUCAUAGGAAUUGGGCAAUUGGGGAGAAAAAAUAAAUGUUUUUCUGGCAUCGUUAACCCUUUUGAUUUGGAGUCACUGAGACAAAAUAUACAAGUGAGAUCCCACGUGGAUAAUUUUAGAGUCUUAGUUUACCCCAUCCAUGCUAAGUGUUUUGAGGAGAGGAGAGAAUAGGAAAUAAUGUGUGUUUCUUAUUUUUUUAGCUUCCUUAGCUAAGUCCUUUUCAGCUGUUACCUCUGAGUUUUCCACUUGUAAGAUAGUAAUGAUUAUUUGUACCUUAUUUUUCAGCAUAAUGCAAAGGGCUGUAUGUUACUGCUUGGGAGUGUUUUUUAAUACAUGCGCUAUUCAUCCAAUUUAAUCCUCCAAACUAAUCUCUAGGAAAUGCAUUUGUGUCUGUAUAUCAGCCAAUCCACUGCUGCUCUAUGUUGUUUCAGAUUUAUGGCUACCAAUGACCUGAUGAUGGAACUGCAGAAAGAUUCUAUAAAGCUAGAUGAAGACAGCGAGAAAAAAGUUGUGAAAAUGCUUUUGAAAUUGCUGGAGGACAAAAAUGGGGAAGUACAGAACCUCGCUGUCAAGUGCAUGUCUAAAUGGGAGUGUUCAUUCUAGAAAUGAAAUUGAAUGGGUCAGUUCACGCACAGGGCUCCAGAAAGUCUGGGCCCACUGUUUGGCAAAGUGAAGGAGUACCAGGUGGAAACCAUUGUGGAUACGCUGUGUACAAACAUGUUGUCAGACAAGGAACAGCUGAGGGACAUCUCCAGCAUUGGGCUGAAAACUGUUAUCUCGGAGCUGCCACCAGCUUCUACAGGCUCUACCAUGACAGCAAAUGUGUGCAAGAAGAUCACAGCCCAGCUGACAGGAGCCAUUGGCAAGCAGGAGGAUGUAUCUGUGCAGCUGGAGGCACUUGACAUCCUGUCAGAUAUGUUGAGCAGACUAGGGGGGACGCUCUACUCUUUCCAUUCCUCCAUCCUGAACUGCCUCCUUCCUCAGCUGACAAGCCCCAGGCUGGCAGUGCGUAAAAGGGCCAUCAUUGCCUUGGGUCAUCUUGUCUUGACCUGCAGUGGGAACAUCUUCUCGGAGCUCACAGAGCAUCUGCUUGCUGAGCUGAAGAGGAAUGAGUCCACUUCUACCACCAGGACUUACAUCCAGUGUAUUGCUGGCAUCAGCAGGCAGGCUGGGCACCGCAUAGGAGAACAUCUGGAGAAGAUAAUUCCGCUGAUUGUUCAGUACUGUAGUGUGGAAGAUGACGAGCUGAGAGAGUACUGCUUUCAGGCCUUUGAGUCUUUUGUGAGAAGGUGCCCAAAGGAAAUUGACCCUCACAUCCCUAAUGUGAUGGGGUUGUGCUUGAAGUACAUCACCUUUGACCCAAACUACAACUAUGAUAACGAGGAGGAAGAAGAGGAAGAGAUGAUGGAAACUGAAAAUGGAGAGGAUGAAGAGCAAGAAAGCGAUGAUGAGUACAGCGAUGAUGAUGACAUCAGUUGGAAAGUCCGCAGGUCGGCAGCGAAGUGCCUGGAGGCCAUUGUCAGCACCAGGCACGACCUCCUCCAGGACUUCUACAAAACCCUUUCCCCGGUUUUGAUAAGCAGAUUCAAGGAGAGGGAGGAGAAUGUCAAAGCUGACAUCUUCAGUGCUUAUAUCUCUCUGCUGAAGCAAACGCUGCCCAUCCAGAGCUGGCUGCAUGCCUCAGAUGCCACUGGCAAAGAUGAUGUUCCCCUCACAAUGCUUCAGAACCAGGUUCCCAACAUUGUCAAGGCCUUGCACAAGCAGCUCAAAGAAAAGAGCAUCAAAUCAAGACAAGGCUGUUUCAGCCUCCUGACAGAACUGGCCAAUGUUCUUCCUGGUUGCCUGGCAGAUCACAUCCCUGUGCUAGUGCCUGGUAUUGUUUUCUCCCUGGCUGAUAAAUCCAGCUCCUCCAACAUGAGGAUUGAUACACUGUCUUUCCUUCACGUCCUUCUUUGCAACCACCAGCCAGAGGUAUUUCAUCCUCAUAUCAAAACCCUGCUACCUCCAGUUGUGACCUGUAUUGGAGACCCCUUUUAUAAGAUCACUUCAGAAGCUCUACUGGUCACUCAGCAGCUUGUGAAAGUUAUCAGGCCCUUGGAUAAAUCUUGCACUUUUGACGCCAAGCCCUAUGUGAAAGACCUUUUCCCUGGUACUCUGAAGCGACUGAAAGCAGCUGAUAUUGAUCAGGAAGUGAAAGAACGAGCUAUCUCAUGCAUGGGACAAAUCAUUUGCAAUCUGGGAGACUAUUUAAGCACUGAUCUCCAGCCAACCUUGAAGAUAUUUCUGGAGAGGCUCAAAAACGAAAUCACCAGAUUAACAACAGUCAAAGCAUUAACUUUAGUUGCUAGUUCUCCACUUAAAAUAGACUUAAGACCCAUUCUAGGGGAAGGUUUCCCCAUUUUAGCUUCCUUCCUGAGAAAGAAUCAACGUGCCUUGAAACUGAGCACUCUGACUGCUCUAGAUAUCCUGGUGAAGAACUACAGUGACAGCCUCAAGCCUGCCAUGAUAGAGUCAGUCCUAACGGAGCUCCCUGCUUUAAUUAGUGAGAAUGACAUGCAUGUUUCCCAGGUGGCUAUCAUGUUCCUUACUACUUUAGCUAAGGUUUAUCCAUCCUCCAUCUCUAAGAUCGGCGGUUCGAUUCUUGCUGAAAUCUUUCAGCUUGUCCACUCACCUUUGCUGCAGGGAGGGGCGCUGAACGCUAUCAUAGAUUUCUUCCAGGCUCUGGUUUUGACAAAGACAGCCACCAUGGGUUACUCGGAGCUGAUGAAGCACCUCACUGCACCUAUAUACUCCUCGAGUUCAGCUGGGGCAUCGGUGACGUUACACAAACAGGCUUAUUACUCUGUCGCAAAGUGCGUGGCGGCCCUUUCCUCAGCCUGCCCAAAAGAAGCCCCUGGGGUAGUGAACCAGUUUAUCCAGGAUGUAAAAAGCCCCAAAUCCAGCUCUGCUGUUAAAGUGCUAGCCUUCCUUUCCCUGGCAGAGAUGGGGCGCACCAUGAACCUCAGUGCACAGAAAGAGCUCAAAACAGUCAUCCUGGAAGCGUUCUCUUCCCCCAGUGAAGAGGUAAAAUCUGCUGCUUCCUAUGCCUUGGGGAACGUCAGCGUUGGGAACCUUAAGGAGUAUCUUCCCUUCAUGCUGAAGGAGAUUGGAAGCCAGCCCAAGAGGCAGUACCUCCUGCUGCACUCUCUGAAAGAAGUCAUCAGCUCUUCCCCGGCAGACGCCCUCAAACCUUAUGUCGAGGAUAUUUGGGCUUUGCUUUUUAAGCACUGUGAGUGCACGGAGGAAGGGACACGCAAUGUGGUGGCCGAAUGCUUAGGGAAACUGACUUUGGUGAACCCUUCCGAGUUACUGCCUCGACUGAAAAAGCAGCUGUCAUCAGGCUCUCCGCAUGCCCGGAGCACGGUUGUAACUGCAAUCAAAUUCACAAUUGCAGACCAGCCUCAGCCUAUUGAUGCUCUCCUGAAAGGCUGCAUAGGUGACUUUUUAAAAACUCUUCAGGACCCAGACCUGAAUGUUCGACGUGUGGCUUUAGCUAUGUUUAAUUCGGCUGCUCACAACAAACCUUCUUUAAUCCGAGAUUUGCUAAAUGCAGUUCUGCCCAGCUUGUAUAAUGAGACGAAGGUCAGACGGGAACUCAUCCGGGAGGUAGAAAUGGGGCCAUUCAAGCACACAGUGGAUGAUGGCCUUGAUGUGAGGAAAGCUGCUUUUGAAUGCAUGUAUACGCUCUUGGAAAGCUGUCUUGACCGGCUGGAUAUCUAUGAGUACCUGAAUCACGUGGAGGAUGGACUGAAGGAUCAUUACGACAUUCGGAUGCUGACUUUCAUCAUGUUGGCUCGCCUGUCUACACUCUGUCCUAACGCAGUGCUGCAAAGGCUGGAGCGACUGAUCGAGCCCCUCCGGGCAACCUGCUCUACAAAGGUAAAAGCUGGUUCCGUGAAACAGGAGUUUGAAAAGCAGGAUGAACUGAAGCGAUCAGCAAUGAGAGCGGUAGCUGCUCUCCUAACAAUCCCUGAAGUAGAAAAAAGUCCGGUGAUGGCUGAAUUUUCCUCUCAAAUCAGAUCCAAUCCUGAAAUGGCAUCACUUUUUGAAAGCAUUCAGAAGGAUUCUGCCUCCUUAUCCACCACAGAAUCAAUGGACAUGAGUUAAGAUUCUGUUUACUCCCAUCGCCUUCCUGUCCUCGUAAUGCAUUAACGUAACAGAUCCUUCAUCGACGGGCUAAGGAAGAAUGUCAUCGAGCUGGUCUCAACUGCAACAGCCCCUGCAAGUCACCGUGUGCUGAUAGGAGAAAAUGCCGGGUUCCAGCUGCAUGUGCAGGAGUCGGACGUCUCACUGAACUGUAGCAAGAUACAUGAGUCUAGGAAAAUGUGCCCUUACGUAGGGAAUGGAAUGAAAAAUACAAUUACACUAAUUUGUCAGCAACUUACUAAAGGGCAUACAAGGCAAUCUAAAUUUAGUAUGGCUCCAUGGAAAAUGGAGACCACUUCCUGGAAUGCUUCCCUACUGCAGUACAAAGAGAAGUAGUUAUAAAGGUGUGGGGUUUUUUCCUUUUUUUUUUUUUUUUAAACACUGCACAUGCACUUUCUACCCCAAAUCAUCUGAAGAAUGUGUUUCUAUUGUUUCACUAAAUAAUAUUGCUAAAAAUUAUAAGUCAGGUCCUUGUUUAAUUGGUGAUGAGCAUCAUAAGCAUAUUGUCCCUAUUUUAAAAAAAGAGGAGACUGUGUUAAAGAACUACUUAAGCUGCAUGAGCUACACUUAAACACUUAUCACCCAGACUCCCUGCCUUUCAAUGUAGGCCUAAAUUCACAGAAUGUGUGACACUGGUAUUUUAGUACUUCUGUGGUGUUUGGGUGAUACAAAAUAUCGAUCAUGCUUGACUGCCAUUACUACAGUUUUAACUGUUCAAAAUACCUCAAUCAGCUGUCUUCCAAAAGAGAUCUACUUGAUUGCGUUACAGGAACUCAUCUGCCAAUGAGCAUUUCUUUCCAUCAAAGGGCAGAGCUGUUCCCCUCUGAGCAGCUCAGUCCUUCUGUUAUGUGACCAGCCACCUGCACACAAGUCACAUACCAAAGCACUGAUUCUGAACUCUAGUCAUUAAAAACACAUGCUUUUUCAGGAAAGCUGGUAUUCAGUAUACCCGUGCCCUAAAGCAGGCAAAGGUCAUUAAUUAGCAUUGUACGUAUAUAAGCACUCCAUGCUAAUGCUUUUAGAAUUUGAAAACUUACCCUCAAGUGGCUGCCUUGUUCAAAUUCUGCUUUGCACAGGAAAAGAGCCUUUUAAGAGACAUGAGAAUGUAAUAGCAAAUUAGAGAAUGAGGCCACCAUGACACCCUUCUUGUAGCCAUGGAUUUGUAAUAAGCUUUCAUUUUUCUCCAUUUUUGACAGAGUGGUUGAUGUGAAAACUAUUUAUAGUGCAGUGUGAAAGAACAUCCAUUCUGUUUGAGUGGUAUCCAAAAAAAUAAAAGUGUACUUAUAAGGCCGUA